AUGAGUGUCUCCGCGGUCAAGAAGGGCGCGCUGCCGAGCAAGGAUCACGACCGCCGUCUCUUCGACCUCUUCAAGAACAUCUGGCCUUCGGUUACCAAGGCGGUGCCUACCAAGGCGGCGGCUAACAGUGGUGCUGGGAGGGAGCCUGACGAGAUGUGUGAGCUGUACCCAUACCUUGCGGAGGAGGUGAAAGCGCUUCAGAAGGCACACCCGGGCUUGUUCAAGCGGGAGUUCACGAUGAUCGACGAUAGCAAGGCCCGUGCACUGGACGAGAAGAUCAAGAAGCAGAGGCAUGCACAGAUGAAACUGCAUCUGCGCCGCCACGACCUGACCAAGGAAGUGACCAAGAUGCUCAUGAGUGACGGGGUGGACUAG